UUCUGGCUCGGCACGCGCCUCGUAUUCGCGAGCGGGUCCCCCAUCGACCACAUCCAUACUCACGUCUUCCGGCUACGUCUUGAGCCCAGCCUAACCGCGAGGCUUAUCGGUGUCCUUCUCGACCUCCUCUCCCGAAUAAUACAAACAUGGGCGAAGACGCAAUUUCUCGAGUGGUUCCUUCCCGCGAACGUUAUCCUCAAGAAACAGAAGGAAGGCCAGGAUAACGAAUUCGAGAAGGAAACACAUACGUAUGCAAAGUUACGCGAGAAACGGGGAGUCGUUAUCCCCGCUUGCCAUGGGAUUGUCUCCUGCAGCGGCGGCGAGCAUCAAUCAAUACCGGUGCUAGUGCUCUCGGAUGUCGGAUGCGCUAAGCUUUGUGAACCUGAA